CAAAGAAAAAAGAAUGGAUGAACGUAAACUGGAGUAUGAUUCCACAUUGGGUGGUCCAGUGGUACUGGGUACACAUAUGCCAACAUAUAAAUAUGCUGCUUCUGCCCUCCAGGAGCUAAAGGAGUUGGUGAAUGCCACAAAACAGACAACAUCAACAAAAUUGAUAUUCCAGUCGUUGCCCAAACACAUGCGCCGCAGGGCAAUGUCUCAUCAUCCCAAGAGACUGCCACGAAAAUAUAGAGCUGGUCACAUUCAUCAGAUGUCGAAGUCGGGAAAACCCCAACAAACAAAGAGACCAUCUAGAAAACAUCGGCGUCGUCCUCAAAACCUGUUAAAGGAUUAUUUGCGGCGUCAGAGGAGGCAUCAGUGGCUGGAGACUCAUAUAUGGCAUGCCAAGCGCUUUCAUAUGAUCGAAAAAUGGGGCUAUAAAUUGCCAUAUGCCAGCUGUGACAAGACUUAUCGUGCAUGUUAUCGGGCCACGGCUGAACAUUGUCUCUUGCAGGAUAUUUCGUUUCAUGCCUGCAUCGAAAUGAGGGGAACAAUUAGUCGGUUAAAAGAUGGAUUUGAUAGGUUGACAAGUAGGGACUGUGGUCUGUCCAUAACUGCCAAAACAUUUGUGACUGGUCGCAGAGAAGGUUUUGUGGAUCUCUUCAGAGAUAAUCAAUAUCCACAAAAAGCAUUGGGUAAAGUCAACUUUUUGUGGCGUUGUCAAGAUGAUGAAGAUGUUGAUCCGAGUUCACCAAGAACCCUUUGGCUUUGGGUACAUCCUGCCAGUUAUACUCAGAUUUUAGAGGAGCUCAUUAAAGUAUUCGAUUUGAAACGUCAAAAAUCCGUUAAAGUGCCUUUAUCCCAGGAAGAUAUUACCGAAAAAGCGACUGAAGAAGACAAAAAAUCCACUGAAAAGCCCAAAUCAGCCAAAACCGAAAGACGUUUACAAUUUCUAACCAAAACUCAAACUCGCCGCCAAGUUCCUAUUUACAAAAGUGAAGAUUCAGAGAUACAACUAAAAGAGCUUAGGGACACAAUGAAUCGGUUUCGAUUAACCGGCCCCCUAAGUCAAAGUGUUUUACAAAAAGCUUUGAAAGUUGUUGAUAUUGAUCAGGUCGAUGAUAGCAAACAAAGUACCUGGAUAUGUGAACAAGUACAGAGAAAACAUUUCGCCACAUUCCAUCAAAGACAAAAAGAUUUCUGGAAUAAAUGCCAUAAACUGAUCACUUCUCCAGCAGAGCUACUAUCCAAUAUGAUAUUGGCCCUCAAUGUGGCAGAUCCACGUUUAAAUCGACCACAAAAACGUACAAAAGCUUUAAUCAGCUAUGAUGUACAGGCAUUUCAUGAGUCGAGCCAACAACUUCUUUGUGACAUUGUACCCGAACUUAGCUCCUCGCCUUUAUGGUGUGAAAAGACUAGAAAUCGUGUAUCAGAUGAAAUGUUGUCUACACAUGAUUAUUGUUCGAUGAGGGCGAAACAUGCCAUAGUUCCCGGUAAACCAUGUCAAUUUGAAGAUUCUAUGCAACCAAUACCCUUGCUCUUGAUACAAAGACCCGGUUGCCAGGAGGGACAAUAUAAACGUCUCUCGUAUGCAUGUGGUUGGGAUAUUAUAGCUCCAGCUGGCUAUGGUAUGUCCCUGUGGCUAUCGUUAAUUAUGUGGGGUGCACGACCAGGUGGUUUAAGAGAAUUCGAAUCGAUAGCACGAGAAAUGGGUACCGAAGAGCAUUUACCAGAUACUAUAGGGGGACAACAAACAUCUGGUCAUCGUUACAAUGAAAUGUAUAGUAAAUAUUUCCGUUUACCACCGGCAAAACGUUGCAAUUAUCGUAAAUUUGCCGUUGUAUCACCAUUUCGAGCCCCAUUCCCACAGCUAUUAAGAGAUUGGAAUACAAGCGGCUCCGACAGUGAUGACAAGAAAUCAGGUUUCUUUAUACUUCGUGAUCGUAGUAAACUUCAAGAAAUUUCCGAGUGUGUGCGUAAAUGUAAUCUUUAUAAAUUCCCCAAAGAUUUGCCCACGGCACAGUGUUUAAUACAACUCAAAAUUAGCCUGACAUCAAGAGGAAAUCCUGGUGAUUUUUCAUUAAUAUGUUUGCCGAAUCGUAAAGAUUUCAAAAAGAAAUGUAAACAAAUAAAACAUCGUAAUAAUGAGCCGAUAUAUGUUGAGCCUCUACUGGCUGAUACCGAUGAAAAGGAGAGAAAAAGGCUGCGUAUGCAACACAAGAAACUAUUGAAACGUUUGAGGGGUCAACGUGUUCGCGAGAAACGCAAAAAGCAGGAAACCAGCACAACUAGGGUUAUUAUACGACCAGCCAAUACAGCAGCCAUGUGUUUGGAGCACAUGAAACGAAUGUGUAAAUUAUGGCUACCCGAAAACACCGAGACAUUGUACAGUGUUCGUAAACAAGGUACGCGUGAUUGUUUUGGUUAUAUGACAACGGCCCAUUUCUGUUUAACUGAAGGCAAUGUUGGUGGUAUUGGUUAUGUUACGGUAGAAGGACUACGUGAACUAUUGAAAUUAUGUCAACAAUGUCACAUAAAACAACCACAAUGUCUGAUACGUUCAACAAAUAGUCGUAAUUAUCGUUUUGCUGCAAUACAAGUUAAUGUGAAUGUGUAG